AUGGGUACCUCCAAUAUACUCUAUACAGUAACAUCGCCAAAUACAACAUCAUACUACUGUCUGGCUUUUGCAUGGACAUCAAGUAUCACCGGCUUGGUCAAUCUUGCUUUCGAACUUCGUCAAGAUCCUGAUUACUGGUAUCUGGAUGAUGUAUCUGUUGAUAACGGAACUUCUGAAAUGCUGAUUAAUGGAAACUUCGAAUCAGGUGCUCUCUCACCAUGGGUAAGAACGACACCAAAUGGACCCUGUUCAGGCGCGCCGGGUACUAUCUGUAACUGGGGAGCUCAUUCAGGUACCUAUGAUCUCUGUGAUGGAAGUAAUGGAUGCGCAGAUUUAAUUAGUCAAUCAUUCAUGGUCACAGUUGGACAGGCUUAUAACAUCACUUUCUGGAUGAAAUCUGGUUCACCUGGAUCAGUAAUAUCGGCUAAUGUAACAAUCACAUAA